AAUAAUAGUAGUAGUAGUAGUAAUAACAAUAAUAAUAUACCACAACUAGAUCAAGCACAAGAUGGGAAUAAUAAUAAUAAUAAUAAUAAUGAUAUAGAUAGUGACGAUGAUAAUGAUGAUAAUAUAGAUAUACAUUGUAAUACGAGUAUAAUAUAUACAAAUACCAAUGGAUCGACAAAUGUAAAGGAUUUGGAUAAUGAAGAGGAUGACAGUUAUAUAGAUAAUGAUGACGAAGAUGACGAUGAUGAUAGUUAUGAAAUCGAUUCAAAAGAUGAAGAUGAAGACGAGAUAAUCACGCUGGUAGAUUACUCUGAUCAAUUGAUGUCAAUUGCCAUACCAGUGAGCAUCACUAUGAUAUUGGUAGUUGUGAUCCUGCGUACGAUGACACAAUUCCAAAUGAGAAGUGGAGCAUCACCUCUGUCAGUACUUGCCAAGCUAUCACUAUUCGAAACAGACAACAAACUUCAAAAGGUUAUUCUAUCGACUACCAUCAACACAUUGACCUUCCUCGGUGUCACUAUAUUCAGCACAGUCAUGAUGGUUGUACUCUACAAGUUCAAGUACAUGAAGGCAUUAUAUGGAUGGCUGCUAAUCACAUCACUCCUAAUCUUGGGAGUGUUUGGAGGAUUCAUUCUCGCAUUUGUCCUUACAUGUGUCAACCAAGCAUUGGACUAUGCAACUUUUGUGAUCAUCGUCUGGAACUUUAGUAUUGGAGGAGCAAUGUGUAUAUUCUGGCAUAGUCCAAAGCUGAUCAAUCAGUUCUAUCUUAUUAUCCUUAGUGUUAUUAUGGCAUUGUUCAUUGCUAGAUUCCCUGAAUGGACAACAUGGGCAUUACUCACUGUUGUAUCCAUAUACGACAUCUUUGCCGUGCUGUGUCCCAAUGGACCUCUAAGGAAACUGAUCGAAAUAUCAAAGGAGAGAGGUGGAGAGAUACCCGCUCUUAUCUAUAAUGCAAGUGUAUAUAUAACAAUGGUUGCAGACAACGAAACCGAACAAAUGAGUAUUGAUAGAAUUAGACCUGUUGGUGGCAACUCGCCAACAGGUUACUCGCCAUCCUCAUUACCGAUAAAUCUACCAACUACAACAUCAUCGACAACUGAUGGAGAAUCAACCACAACGACGACAGAAGGUAUAUCACCAUCAUCAACUGAUAAAUUGGAAACAACAAUGGACAUGCAAGAGAGUGAGCCAAAGUCCUCACCUUUGACUGAGAGUGGUGUGUCCUCUGAGCCCGAAACAUUUGAGGACGACAACUCUGCUGAGGAGCGACCUUCCAAAGGUGGUGUCAAGCUAGGACUAGGUGACUUUGUCUUCUACAGUGUCCUAGUUGGCCGUUCACAGUAUCACAACAUUGAGGUUGUGUUUGCUUGCUUUGUUGCUGUCAUGACUGGACUGUUCAUUACGAUGUUAUUGUUGGCUAUCUUCAGGAGAGCAUUGCCAGCGCUACCAAUUAGUAUCGCCCUUGGUGUUCUGUACUACUUUGUCACAAGCAUAUUCAUGAGUCCAAUGCUGGCAACACUUGGUUUGCACCAGAUAUUUAUUUAG